AUGGCUUCUUCCGAUACAGAUGUUCCUGAUUACAUGCGAGACAGAGGGAAGUGGUAUGGAGAUGCUGCCGAUUACUGGAAAGUAAGAAAUGAGCCUCUUUUUGUCAGAUUCCUUUUACAGAGCAUCAAUUUUUAUAUCAUGCUUUAUAUCUAAGCUUACUGGCUUCCAUCUUUUGUGUAGAAAUCGAGGGAUCAGCGUGUGUUAUCGUGGCAUUUUACCUCCUCAUGUUGAAGGAGCUGUGUCACGAAAUUUGUCAAAUGGUAAUUGCCACCAAAUUGGUUGAAAAAUCAAAUAAAAGUAAGCUGAACUGCCCAAAAUGAUAAAAAAAGAAAGGUAUAAAUACAGUAAGCUUAAAUUCAGAAGGACGUUCGUAUGGUCAAACUUGAAGGAGAUUGAAACGGAUUUACAAUAGACCUUGUCACGGUUUUUGAUGCCAUUUGGACAAGUAGGCAAAUGUCAGAGAAAUUACAGUGUUUGUAUGAGAAUCUACUGUCCAAUAAUUGCCAUAAAACGGCUGUUCUGAAAAAAAUAUGACUUGUAAACGGCUUGCUUUAGAUUUUCCAUAUAUUUGUCUGUAAUUUUUCCCAGGACUUUCUUACAGACAAAUGUGUAGAAAAUUUAAAAAAGUGGUUCUAGGUCUUCUACCACAUUUAACGCCCUUAAUUUUUUUCAGUAGAAUCCUUAGGGGUGAAGCUUUAGUUGACGAUUCCUAUUUUUUUCAGAACAGCUGUUCUAUGGAAAUUAUUUGACAUUAGAUUCUCAUACAAACACUGUACCAGUAAUUUCUCACGCGUUUGGCUACUAGUCAAGGUGGCGUCAAAAACCGUGACAAGGUCUAUUGUGGUUUUGAAAACUUGUUAGCCUGAAAUCAUAUUCACUUCCAACAGUGUUACCUUAUUUACAAAGCUGUAAUCUAGUUCUGUAGAAAUAUUAUUCAAAUUAUAUCUCAUAUGUAUCAGAAAGUUCCAGCCACAGUUGAUGGAAUGCUAGGUGGAUAUGCUCGUAUUUCACCGACAGACAUCAGGGAUUCAAAGAAGUUCUUAAAGCCCUUUUUAGAGGUACCUAUACUAUUAUGUAUAAAGUAUCCAUGCCAUGAGUAUUAUGCAAGUUGUAAUCGAAGGUGAACUGGGAUUUCUUCUGGCAGAUACUUAGAACAGGCAUAGGUGUGAGUUAAUUCAUUUUAAAAUUGAGCCUGGUUGUACAUGUAAUAUUAUUGUUUUGAUUAAACACUGCUAGUUAUCAUUCUCUGCCACUUAUAAGCUCAUCAGGCCCAACUACCUGUAAACAAAAAAACACAUUGGAUUAUAAACCCCCUCUAGCUUGUAUAUUUGAAAUGAACUCGAUUAGAAGGGUAAAAUUUCAAAGCAUCUAACUUCUCCUUAUCUGUUUAGAACAAUGCUGGGGUUUUUUAGCUGUCCAGUCAGAAGGACUGAAUUUUUUUACCCAAACAUGGAAUCAUAGAACUGAAGAUCUCCCCAUCCAAAAAGUUGCUAAUGACGAAUUCUUUAAGUCAUUAUAAACAGUUCUACAAGUACAUCCACAACUCAAAAGUGCACUAAGCCGUUUAAAUUGUUAAAUAACAUAAUCAACAGAUAAAAAACAUUUAUAUUUACAGGUAGUGGGGCCAACGCUAGUGUUGUCAUUUGUGCGUGCUAAGCUGCACUGUUGCAUGUACGAAUAAUUUUCCUUGUGGAUACUUUCCGUAAAAAGAAGUAGUAGUUUUCCUUCCCAGUGUUCAUUGCAAAACAUGCUAUAUGUUUCUCUGAACAGACUUUGUGCAAUGCUCUUAGCAUUAAGAUAGCAAACUUUGGAACCAGGUUAAAAAAAAAAGGUCAUGUGAUGUUGACGCAUACUCUUUUGAGCACGCACUAUUGGCUUUCGUCACCAAGUUAAGACGGACCCAUAAGAUGUUUAUCAUGAUUAGUUGACUUUAUUUUGUCCAAAAUAAGUCAACCCCUGCCAAUUGUGAUUUCCUAGUUUGGUCUAAUUUUACUUGGUAAAACUGUAAUAAUUUCUCUUUGUGGCUCUUUGUUUACAUCAUGAUACACAGUUUUCAUAAGACUAGAUGACAGUCUCGCAUAUCAGUGAUAAAUUUCCAUAUUAGGAAGUAAAUUUUGAUUGGUCUUUUGAGAAACCCCAGCCUUGGAUCAGCGUUAUAUGCUUUAGGGUUAUAUGCUUCUGAUUUGAUUAAUUAUGAAGUUUUGAAGCUUACUGGUAUUAUUAAAAACUAGUAAAAGCAAAACAUAUUUUGAUCAGCACUGCUGUAGCUUGUUUUGAAACAUUUUUCUCUUCCAUCCCUUUUAUAAGCUUUCAAGACUUAUAAAUGGCAGUUUUUCUCUGGUAUGUGCACUAUCUACAUACAUGUAAGAGAUGAUUGAAAGCAUGUACAUCAACCUAUUGGAGUGUAAGAUUUGCAAUAGUAGAGCAAAAAAUGUGACAAUACCAAUGUAAGUUGUUGUUAUUAAUUUUUACGUAGCUGCCAGAUAUACAGGAAGAGAAGCCUGCAAAACUCAGACGUGUUGAGCCAUCCUCACCUGUCAAAAACUCCACUUUUGAAAAAAUUAAACCAUCUGUCGCACUUGGUAAGUCACUACAAGCCAUACACUGUAUGGGGCAUGGUAUUCUUUCUAGGGGCCAGCUAGCCACAGUGAAAUCCCCUGAACUCCCCAGACACCCACCACCUGUCACACUUGAUGAGUCAAAGUCAGCCAUGUGCAGCUAGCCAUGGGGUGUGGUAUUCUAUCUACCCAGUAGGGGCUGGCAGGCCACAGUGAAAUUGCCUGGAUUCCCUAGGCACCCAACAUCUGUCGCACUGGGUAAGUCACAGCUAGCCAUGCACUGCCAGCCAUGGGACAUGAUAUUCCAUCUAGGGGCUGGAUGGCCACAAUGAAAUCCCCAGGAUUCACCAAAAACCCACCAUCUAGCGUAGUGGGUAAGUCACAACCAAGCAUGCAUUGUGAUCCGUGGGGCAUGGUAUUCUAUUUAGGGGCUGGAUGGCCAUAAUGAAAUCCCCAGGAUUCCCCAAAAACCCACCACCUAGCGCAGUGGCUAAGUCACCCUCAGGCAUGCACUGUGAGCCAUAGGGUAUUCUAUCUAGGGGCUGGAUGACCACAGUGAAAUCCCCCAGAUACCCCAGACAUCCACCAUCUGUUAUACUGGGUAAGUCACAGCCGAGCAUGCACUGCCAGCCAUGGGACAUGGGAUUCUUUGUAGUGGCUGGCCACAAUAAAACCUGCUGGAUUCCACAGAAACCUACCAUCGGUUACACUGGGUAAAAUAGCAGCUAGGCAUACGCUGCCAGCCAUGGGCCAUGGUAUUCUGUAUCUAGGGGCUGGCUGGUCACAGUACAAUCCCCUGGAUACCCCAGACACCCACCUUCCAUUUGAGCAAGACAUACAGCUAUAUUAAAGUUCAUUAGUGACAUUCAGGGUUCAAGCAGAGUCUUACAUUCUUCGAAAAGAAAAGCCUUAAGAUUUGCAAACCAGUUUUCCAGUUUUAAAAAGAGUCUGGAAACUGAAAAUAAAGAAUGGAAAAUUGAGAAAUUCUGGAUUUUUUUUCAAAACUUGACAGAGUGUUCAUCAGGCAUCUGAGAUCAGAGAAUUCUCGUUUUUUUUCUGGAUAACGUUCGGUAGCCUCUGACUACUUUAAAUUCAGACGUGGACCCUCUUUCAAAAUAUUCUCCUGUAACAAAUAACACCUUUCUUCUGCUACUGGAAUUCUUAAUGAAAACCCUGACUUGAACAAGUACUUAAUUUUGAAGUGAAGUUUUCUUUAUCAUUAGUCAGAUCUUAUUUAAUCUCAUCUGUAGCCAAAAGAUUCCAUUGCAGGAGAAGUUUUAGGACUUCCUUACAGUGUAUAUUCUCAGUGAUAUGUAUAAUUACUGUACAUUUAAAUUUGCUGUUGGGAAAAACUUGGUUCCUGCUUUUGACUAGGUUUCUCGUGAUCACUUAUUUAACAACCUUAAGUCUUACGAAGGAAUUUUUUGCUUUGAAAAAGUUUAAGAAAAAUAUUGAACAGACCUUUCCCACAUUCCUGUAAGCAAAGGCACCAACUUGAGGGUUGGGUGGACAAAGUGCAGUGAUUCGUGUAAAAUUACAUCGAUCCACCUCAUUGUUUGCUCACUGGAGCGGAAUGUGGGAAGGGUCUAUUUCAUAUCCAAAAGUUUGUAAGAACCCUGGAAGUUGUACAUUGUUGCAUGCACAUGUAUGCAGAACAUUAUUUGAAUGUCUAGUAUGUAAUGUGAAAAGGUUUCUUUUUCAAUUUAUUUAGACUGUGGGGCUGGUAUAGGUCGUGUGACAAAAAACUUGCUGUUGCCAUUAUUUGACACAGUGGAUAUGGUGGAGCAGAAUCCUGAGUUUUUGGAAAAAGCAAAAGAUUAUCUAGUAAGUUUGGUCAGCUUUAGAUCUGUAACUCAUCUGUCAUGCCAUCAGUCAGGGGUGGAAAUACAAAUGUGAUCUUGACAUCUCGGAAGUCUUGAAGUGAUAAGACUUUUUUAGCUUUUUCCCACAAUGCCUGGCAUUUUUCUAACUAGGGACUUGGCAUUUCCUACAAGACUCACAUUUUGUCAUUGGCCUCCCUUAUGAGUUCAUUUCAUCUAUGCUUUCCUUAGUUUAUUCUUUCAACAACAAAAUUAGUCAAGAAUUAUCAAUAAAGUAUUCCAUGAGCCUAUGUUAGAUACAAGUUAGCCAUAACAACUUAUACUUUAUGUCUGAUCUACAUAGUACUCAUUAUGUCAAUACUCUAAUUGCCAACAAAUCUGUUAAUGACCACUUCACCAGCUCUAGCUGUGCCGAGAUACCCACAUCUAGAAACUGCAGGGUGUUCAUUAGCCAUCGGAAAUAGGAGAAUUCUCUGUUUAGCCUUCAGCUGUAUGACUAUUAUUUUUUAUUCAGACAUGGAACCUUUUUCAGAAUAUUCUAAACCUUUCUCCUGCUACUAGAAUUCUUGAUGAAAACCCUGACGCUUAUCCCAGUAUACAUUUUUUUGUUAUUUAUUUUUAGGGAGAAAAAAAGGAUAGAAUAGGACACUUUUAUUCAACUGGACUGCAGGUAAAAUAGUUAGUUCUAAUUUUUACAAUCUUACUUAAUUCUGAACAUCCUUGCUGCCACAUGUGCAGAGUAAAUGUACAUGAAGCACAAAGUUUGUAUUGUCUUGAGUGUUCUCAGGGCUAUGUUCUAACAAUACCUGGUAUCCCCUGGUGACUUAAACUUUUACUUUAUUAAAUGAGGGACUUCAGCAAGAUUCAAACCCAUGGCCUCUGGAAUAUGUAUAAGAUGUGUGAUGUAUGAAAGCACCUUGAUUUAGUAAUAAACAAUGAACGUGAUCAGGACUUAAGUGUGUGCAAGUCUCUCCGUGUGCUAUUAGCCCAAAACAGGCCUGGUGUAGAGGUAAAUUAGUGAGGGAAUGGCCCCACCCCAGGAAGUGCUAAGUUCUUUGAAACAUCAUUCCCUCAUUUUAAGACCUAUUUUAUGCAAAUCGGCUGUUGUUAUCUUUAUAAUAGACAACAAUUAUUUAAAACGUUUGAUCCCAAUAAUUUUACUCUGUCUUCAGGGUUCUCUUUCCAAAAUGCGUGGCCCAAAAAAGAAAAGCUGUAUAUACUUUAUUACUUUUCCAUGUAUCCAUUCAUUUCUUGAUUGGAUCAGAUCACAACUUGUGUAUUUUUUAAAACUUAUUUUAUUUUAGUAAUUUUUCAAGUGGUUGCAGGUGGUAAGAAGUGUUGCCUCAGCCAGUAAAUUUAACCCGGUUACCGUCUGAUGAGGAGAACAAUGGUGUUUUGCUGUUCGUGCUUUGUUUUUAGACAGUAGUUCAGCUAUUUCUUCUUUCCAAAUUUUCUGCCAUUUUCUCUAGCUCUAUUUAAACAAUGAUGCUGCCACGCCUUCUGCUGUCCCUUUUUUUGAACAGUUUUUAUCUGUAAAAAGUAAUCCCUCUUUGAGGAUAAUACCUGCCCACAUUUCCAAUUAUGGUCAACAGUUUUAAGUCAUGAAAAUUAGCCAACCUGAAAUGGAGAAAUUUUUUGAAUGAAUAAUUUUGUGAUUUAAUAUUUUAAACUUUAUGUUUGUGUUAAUGUAGGAUUUUAAGCCUGAGGCCGGGAGGUACAGUGUCAUUUGGACCCAGUGGGUUUUAGGACACUUGACAGAUGGUGAGUCAUUUUUUUGAUAAUUUUAAUUCUUAACAUAAUAGAGUUCUAAAGUGGUGACGUCAUAAAAAUUAAAUUUUUGAAAUUAUGAGAUUUGUCAAGAUAUUCUGAAAGAACAACGUCCAAGAUGCCUACUUGCCAAAAAUUAGCAUGUUGGGGCAAAUUGUCUCUGAGACAUUAGCCUAGUUAUACGGUGAUGACUCCAUACAAAUCCUUCUAAAUUUGACUUGGGUGUAAACGUUUAGACCCAAGCACUUUGAUGGAGUCAUCAAAGUAUAACUGGGGUAAUAUCUCAGAAACAAUUUGCCCCACAAAUGUGCUAAUUUUUGGCAAGUAGACAUCUUGGACGUUGUGCUUUCAGAAUAUCUUGACAAGUCCCAUAAUUUCACAAAUUUAAUAUUACUUUUUGUGACGUCACACUUUAGUACUCUAUAAACACAUGCAUGAAGAAUAACACUGAUACACUCUCACUGCAUUCAACAUAGGAGAAUGUAAUUUCCGAUCUUGGGCAUUGUGUGGUUGUUGGGGAUCCUGUGGUAUUUAGUGCUGACCUGUAAGAAGUUUGCAUUUUUGUUUGCCUUUUCAGCACCAUAUAUAUUUUGUUAUUCAGUGAGAUGCAAAUGAGCAUGAGGUGUUUUUCUGCACUCCUGUAACCUUGUAUGUGUCCCAGACCCCUCUUCAUAGCCACUAACAUCACGGCUUAACUGCCAGAUGACCAAUAACAUCGCAACUUCAUGAACCACUAUCAACUGACCCGAUGCAAAGCACUUUGACACUGAAGAUGACUAAUGCACAAGUUGUCACAACCUCAGCUACUGUCAAAAACAUUCCUAUUGAGGACUGCUCUCACCUGGACAAUAAUAGUCCACCUAUUUAUGUAAUUGUUCUUUCCUAAACAGGUGACUUUGUAGAUUUUUUCAUGCGUUGCCAAUCAGGGCUGUCACCUGGUGGUUUGAUAUGUGUCAAAGAAAACAUCACAAAGAGUGGAGUAGAUCUGGACUCAGAGGACAGUAGUGUUACAAGGUCUGGUGAACUUUUGUGUAUUAAGUUAUGUUAAGUAACUGUCCAAAAUUAAAUUUUGUGAAAAACGACAAGUAUUAUUUUAAAAAUCAUGGUAAAUGGUAGGUUGCAUUGCAGGCGCUUUAUGAGCGAGCAAGGUGAACAGGACAUUUUACCAAGCACAAGACGAGCACAAAGAGUGAUGCCCCAAUUGCAAAGUGCCUUUCACGCAGGCUAAGUAAAAUACAAAAAAGUGCUCAGAAUAAGGGGUUACAUUUGACUCAACUGAUUAUGCCACACAUUAGUUCAUUAUAUUUAUAGUCUUAAGUUUUAGGAAAAGAGCUCAUGGGGAUGAGACCCCAUGGUUUAGACUUGAGCUUCCUCAGAAUAAAUACCUAAUUCUCUUACAUGUAUAUGCACAUAAUUAUGCAAUGUAUGAAAAAAAAGGUAUUUUCUGGCAAAAUAAAUUAACUGAAACUGAAGUUGGAAUUAUGUCUCAGUUUCAGCAACAAACGGUUAAUUUUAAUAGCAGCUAUGCCUUUUUUUUAUUCAGGUCAGACAGUAGGCUUAAAGAGUUGUUUUCAAAAUCAUCAUUAAUGGUAAUCAGAGAGGAAAUGCAGAAAAACCUUCCCAGUGAACUUUAUGGAGUGAAGAUGUAA